AUGCGCAUUGGCACCGUGACAUACAACCUGGCGCAGCGGCGGCCGUCGGAAACGGCGCUGCGGGCAUUGGUGCAGGGCGCCGGAGCCGCUGAUGUCUUCAUUGUGGCCGUGCAGGAGCACAGCGAUUUUCUGGAAGCCAUGCGGUUCCGCCGCGCAUCGCAAUACUCUGCCAAUUUUGCCCACAUCCUGCGCGGGCUGUCCGCCGCCCUCCCCUCCAUGCAUUGCAUAGCCGCGGUGGAGCACGGCGCCCAAGGCCUGGCGGUAUAUCAGCGCAUGCCCAGCGCGCAGCAGAUCGCCACCAUAGCCAUAAACAAGGCCAGCACCGGGCCAUGGCUGACCAGCAGCAAAGGCGGUAUCGGCGUGUGUCUGAGGGUGCGCGAGGGCUCCGCCACUAUGUCGCUGGCGGUGGUGGCGGCUCACCUGGCGGCGGGCAUGGCGGCAGGCGUGCGGAACACCCAUUUCCGCGACAUCGUCGCGCGAUUGGCGCUCGGCGGGUCGCUGCUGCACGCCGAUGCUGCGGUGUUCCUGGGCGAUCUCAAUUACCGAGCCGCCCAUGGCGAGCUGCACAAGGACCAGCUCCGCCAGGAAAUCCUGGCCAACCGAGUCCUGCCGGCCUUUGCCGAGUCCGCGAUCGCCUUUGCCCCCACAUACCGCCUGGUGGUUGGUCCCCAGCGCCUGUACGACAAUCUGCGCGCGCCGGCGUGGUGUGACCGGACGCUGGUCUAUGUCAGAACUAUCUUCCGCCGCCGAUAG